AGGGCAAACAGCUGUUGUUGUUUUCACAUGCAUCCGUGAGGGGCGAGGGGUUUCACUUCGUUGUUUGUUUUACGAUGCUGUCGCCAGAUUAGAGAAAGUUUAUAAAAAGCCCUGCAAUUAGCAUCGAACAGCAGUCAGCUAGCUGCCCAGUCGAAAACACGUCGAGAGCAACAAGUGGAUGCCUCAGCCAACGCGCCGGAACUGUUCCAAAGUCAACGCAAAUAUCCCGGGAAAUCGGGUGAUAAUGCCAGAUACCUUUACGGCGGACUUACGUAGUCGCCGCCGCGAAAAUCCAAUCGACCGAAACGGCAAUAUCGGAAGUCUUGCCAAAAAGCAGGCUACAAGCGACCAACAUAAGCAAACAGCCGAAUAUUCCCUGCGGAAUAACACCAUGUCUUUCGGCAAGGAAGGUCAUGAAACCACUUCCAGCAGACGCACCCUCAGUGAGAGUUCUGCCGAGGACGUCGGUCGCACAGGAUCGAGAUACAGCGGCGGUGAAAUGUGGCGCAACGAGCUCUCUAUAAAAGCGGACAGCAGCGCUGCUCAGCCGGAAGGGCAGGAAAAACGGUGUACCAACUCAAAUCGAAAGCUCAGCGAUGCGGUGGAUGUGAUACUUCGGGUUUUCCUCGUUAUCAUCUUCUUCAAACUAGAGACAAUGACGGCUUUUAAGCGGGAAAUUCACGAGGAGGAGCUCUGGUUGUACAAGAAUCCCAGGAGGCCGGACAUUGUCAAGGGCGGGGAGCUGCUCUUCUGGGUGAUAGUUGCUCCCUUCCUGGUCACCAUCGCCCUCUACUGGUUCACCAAGGACAGGCGAGACUUCAGAGCCGCCAGUUGGGCUUGGACACUGGCUCUGUGCUUGAAUGGCAUUCCCACGAGCGUUCUGAAGAUAACAGUAGGAAGGCCGAGGCCAGACUACUUCUACCGCUGCUUUCCCGAUGGCGUGAUGGUCCUUAACACAACAUCGAGCAGCUUAGACACCUCCAUACUGGAUUUCAAUUGUACAGGGCUUCCGUGGGACAUAAACGAGGGCCGCAAGAGCUUCCCCAGCGGACACUCGUCGUUCGCCUUUGCUAGUUUCGGAUUCAUCGCCUACUAUAUAGGCGCAAAGCUGCACGCCUUCGAUAUCCGGGGACGCGGUCACACCUGGAGGCUUUGCAUCGCUGUGAUUCCUCUGAUGAUCGCUCUACUUGUGGCUGUUAGUCGCACCUGUGACUACCACCACCACUGGCAGGACGUGACCAUCGGUGGUCUAAUUGGGCUUUUUGCGGGCUACAUAAGCUACAGACAGUACUAUCCCUCCAUUUUCGGCCCAGAUGCUGGUAAACCACUGAUCCGGUGGCCUAGGCAAGAGAGUAGUCAAUACCAGCGGCUAAAUAGCAAAGAGGAGAGUGAGGACCUUGACGAAAAGGCCGCUGGCGAUGCUUUGAAGAGACCCCUCCUCGCGGGCAAGGAACAAUCCAAAUGGUACUAAAAGCUUUAAUUAAUUUAUAGUCAAUUGUUUUUCCCGUCUAAGCUCCUUUCAACCGUCGCUGUAUUUUCAAUUAUUAUUAUGCUGCUGGGUACCUCGUAUUGGGUGGGGUUAGUAUGUAGUUUCUCCAGUAAAACAUAACGAGUCAAUUGCUAAACUUAAA